AUGUCGUUGGUCAUGUUCAUGGGAACAAGUGAAGAGUUCAACUGGUACUUAGCCGGGCUGAGAACUUUGCUUUGUUCUGCUGGUUCACUUCAUAUCGCAAUCAUAGAACGUGAUCUGGAGUCAGGAUCAUUUAUGAUAUAUAUGACUCUAAAAUGGGAAAUGAAGAAACAGGAGAGCCCCGGGUUAUCAACCAAUUAUCUCAACAUACACAAACCGAAGCGGUCAUCGACCGAGCCCGGAAGACAUGCCUAA